AUGCUUUUAACUGAAGCCCAUCUUGAGACUCGACAGGCCUUUGGCGCCGCAUUUAUGCUCGGAGUACUCGUGCAUAUCUUUAUUCUACGUAAAGGCGAAUGGGACCUUUGGACUGUUAAGCUUAUCAAGGCAUGGGCAACGUAUGAGGUUACUGUCUCACUGUUCCUCACCCAACUCUACUCUUUCUCAGUCUGGCAAGCUCUCUCAGUCACCAACAAAUGGUUCACAUCGUUUGUUACGGGUCUUUCAAUCAGCAUCUUGACAUAUCGAGCAUUUUUUCACCGACUGAACCGUUUCCCCGGUCCAUUUCUUGCUCGCCUCUCAACAUUCUACGCUACUUAUCUUACGGUCGAUGAAGAGCAUAUGUAUCUUGAGGUCCAGAAGCUUCAUGAGAAGUAUGGAGAUAUCGUGAGGAUUGGCAAGUUGACUUAA